CUAGCCAUAUAUCCCUGAGAAUUGCUUGCACGAGAGAGACAUGGAAUUUUCAGUAGCGUUGAUGAUCAUUGCAGCCUCUGUGCUUGUGGGUUGCACCAACAACAAUGCUGUCUCAGCUUCGGAUCAACCAGAAGUCAUUCACGUGGGUGGAAAAGUGCUCUGCCAGGACUGCACCAUGGGAUGGAACGAAUGGACUUAUGGUGGUAAGCCAAUUCAAGGAGUUAAGGUGUCCCUAACAUGCAUGGACAAGAGAAGCAGGGUUAUGUAUUACACAAGUGAUGCAACGGACGAGUCGGGGCAGUACGACAUCACUGUGAACAAGUAUGUCUACGGCAAGGAAGUCGAUACAAAACGAUGCUCCGUGAGGUUGGUGUCUUCCCCUGAUCAUGUCUGCAACAUCCUCACUGACUUCGGUGGUGGAAAGUCUGGCGUCAACCUCAACUACCCGACAUCGGUGUAUCGCGGUUCGAUCAAAUACGCGCUCAACACUUUCUAUUAUACUAGUCCUAUGUGUGAUAAACCCGACACUGCCACCUCUGAAUCUGAAUCUAAAGAUCCCCGAGGUCAAGGAGGCUAUUACUAAUGAGAAUGUUCUCAUUAACUUCAAUAUCCAUGAUUGUUUUCCUUUUCAAUUUAUUAGCUUCUGCAAGGAAGUAGUUGCCAACUUUUAAAUUUGAUGAAAAGAAUCCAGUGUUCGUUAUUACAAAUACAUGAAUGAAUGUUUCUUCU